AUGGACUCGAGACUCUCCCAGUUCUCGUAUGAAGAUGGCCUCGCGAGGUCUGUUUCUGCCCCAUGCUUGGGGCUGAGCACUGAAGGCCGCUUCAGGGAGAGUUUUAAGCUGCCUUUCUGCCGCCUCCCACGAGAAGGGCCGCAGCCAGGUGGUGGACGCCUAAGGCGGGUCACUUCCGACCCAGUGCUGGACCAGUUCCGUGCAUCUUCGGCAGCCUUGGCUCGACCGCACACAGUGCCCAGCUGGCUAUGCACAGAAUCAGAGAAACAAUCUGAGCCAGAGCUUUGGGAGCCUCGGAACUGGGGGCCGAGCGAAAAGCAGCAGCAGGCAAAGCGCGGUCUCUUGGCCCGAAGGAAGAAAACACAGGCGCUUCGUGACCGUGACCAAAGGCGCAUCCAGUACAUGGUUGACCGCCGCAAGGAUGAGCGCGAGGCCCGCCUGAAGCGGCUUGUGCAGGCAAUGACGACUAAUGGGCCGGACUACGAGGCAGCCGUGCAGCUGAACGCAUUCAGAGACCAGGAGGAGAGCAAAGUCAGAGCCCACUAUCUGGAAUGGGAUCGACAAGUCUUCAAUCCAGUAGCUACGCAGGCGUUUCGACAUUUGAACCCGCGGGUGGAGAAGCGCGUCUGCUUUAAUCUGGACUCUCCCUUCCGGGUUGUUGUGGAUACGACAAAGGAUCCUGCGAAGCGACAGCUUCUGCAGAACCAUCUUGAGCAGCGCUUUGAAAAGGAGUGCGGCUCCUUGCUUAGCUCAGCGCCUAUCGCUCCAGAUCCCUUGGACGACAGGAGAGCAUUGGGUGCAGACUCCUUGCCUAGGUCAAUCAGCCGGCCUAUAUUGGAGCCUGAUGUCUGGGGGCAGUAUGGCAGUUCUGUGUUUGGACACUUUAUCGAGACCUGCGAUCCCCGAGGCAAUGCUAGGAGAAUAAAGAUUGGUGGUCCAAACGUUCACAUCCCAGAUGAGACAGACUUUGCUGCCGCCGGAACACGCACUCACCGACUGCGUGGUUACGGAGACAAAGGUGUGCUUCGCGACAAUGUGGCGAGAGGCGAAACUCAUGAGCUCCGUGACGGCAGCGGGGGCGGCAGUGCUGCCCCAGCACAGGAUCAUUUUGCUUUCCAGAGCGGCAAAGAGAUUGUAGACUUGGAGUUCCCACCUGGCAAGAAAACCUUCCCAGAGAUGCGGAUGUCCUGA